CUCGCGAGAGUCCGGCGCUGCCGCAGAAGAAGCCGCUCCGCCGCGCUGAGGAAGAGGGCAGGCGAAGGCGACGCCGAAGGGCGCCGGAGCCGCUGUCGCUCGCCUCGUGCUCCUUCCUCUUCCUCCUCCUCCUCCUCCUCCCGCUCUCGUCUCCCCUCCCCUCCCCUCUCCUCCCUCGCCGGCCGCCCCCGCGUCCCCUGCCCGCUCCUCUUCCUCCUCCUCCGCCGCUCGCGGACCCGCCGGGACGAUGCUGCGGGGCCCAGCCACCCUGCCCGCGGCCCUCUCGCUCCUCCUGGCCACGGCAGGGAGCCUCUUGCCGGCGCCGGUCGGCGCGCAGAACGCUGGGUUUGUCAAGUCGCCUAUGUCAGAGACUAAACUCACAGGGGACGCCUUUGAGCUGUAUUGUGACGUGGUUGGGAGCCCCACUCCAGAGAUCCAGUGGUGGUAUGCGGAAGUCAACCGGGCUGAAUCUUUCAAACAGCUAUGGGAUGGUGCUCGAAAGCGCCGUGUCGCCAUUUACACUGCCUACGGGGUGAAUGGCGUGAGCGUGCUGAGAAUCACUCGUCUUACCUUGGAAGACUCUGGGACGUAUGAGUGCAGGGCGAGCAACGAUCCCAGAAGGAAUGACUUGAGGCAAAAUCCUGCCAUAACGUGGAUACGAGCCCAGGCUACUAUAAGCGUCCUUCAGAAGCCCAGGAUCAAUUCCAGCAAUGAGGUGACCAUUGCUUCCCCUUCACCUCCUAUCAUACUACAGUGCAACCUCACAACUAGUCCCAACUCCUUCACUCACAGCUAUUGGGUAAAAAAUGGAGAAGAGAUUCCAGGCACCAUAAAGAAUACAAACACAACAGAAUACAAAAUCCCAAAGCCUAGAGCGGAUGAUUCAGGGGAAUAUUGCUGUGUAUUUGUAUUCACUGGCUCCCCGGUAGCAAAUGCUACAAUAGAAGUCAAAGCUUCUCCUGGUAUUAUUGGGCACAAGCGAAGUGAGAACAAGAAUGAAGGGCAGGAGGCAAUGAUGUAUUGCAAGUCUGUAGGCUACCCACAUCCAGACUGGAUUUGGUAUAAAAAAAUCAAUGGAAUGUCUGUGGGGAUUGACAACACUUCCGGUCGCUUCUUUAUUACCAAUAAAGAGAACUACACUGAACUCAGCAUUGUGAACCUCCAGAUCAAUGAAGAUCCUGGUGACUAUGAAUGCAAUGCCACCAACUCAGUGGGCACAACAGCUGAAAUUACCAUCCUGCGUGUACGCAGCCACUUGGCUCCUCUGUGGCCCUUCCUGGGAAUUCUGGCAGAAAUCAUCAUUCUUGUUGUUAUCAUUGUUGUUUAUGAGAAAAGGAAGAGGCCAGAUGAGGUUCCAGAUGAUGAUGAACCAGCUGGGCCAAUGAAAACUAACUCCACAAACAACCAUAAAGAUAAAAAUCUACGUCAGAGAAAUACAAAUUAAAAGCAGUGCUUAUGUAAGUUUGUAUAAAAUACUGAUAGAACUAUCACCUGCUAGACUGAAUUUCAGAUGGUUGGUUUUCAAACUUCAUUUUUCUCUGAUGCUUUUCUUUCAAGUGAGCAACAAUGACUGUCUCAAGCAUGCCUUAUUUAGCCGAUACUUUUACUAAUGCUUCAGGGUAGAGGAUGUAAACUAUUCUGGGCUUGAUGUGCUGUGGGAAUGUUGCUUAUUUCCGUUGAGAACAUUAAGUAUUACAAGUAAAAAGUCCAAUCAUGCAUGCAGCAAUUUUUUACUCAACGUAGCUGUUAACAUUAGCUCUGAAAUGCACCUGCUGCCAUCUAGUGAGAACCUUUUGUAAAGUACAGCAAAACCUAAAAUAUAUACAGUAUAUAUUUAUAUCUGGAGGGUGGGGAAACCAAACUACAGCAAGUAUUUGAUUUUUAAGCUGCUAAAUUCAUUCCUUAUAUUGUGUGUCUGAGAGAAUUAUGUCCAGUAUGUAGGAGGAAUAAUGUAAAUUGACAUUUAUCCUAAGGGCUCAAUCUGCACAGAAAGAAUGAGAUGUCCUAUAAUUACAGAAUGCAGGACCUGGUGUAAUCCAGAAGAUGAUGAUGAAAUGCAGUGAUCACUUUUGUUUAUACAUAUUACGAUGGCUUUAAUUUUUCUUCCUUAAAUCAUGUAUAUUUCUCACCUUUUUUGCACUGAUGGGUUCACAGUCUUGUAUAUUCAGUUCAGGCCGAAUUUUAUAAUUUCUUCUUUUUUGUUUGUUUUAAUGAUGUUGAAACAUCACAGCAUGGUGAUACUCUAUGCAACUCAUUUGUUUCAGUUUGACAUUAAUUCAUGUUGAUUUAAGAUGACUGUAGAAUCACAGACAUUACAGGGUUCUUAGAUUAUGGGAGUACUUAUAGAUAGAUGCAUGAACUUGUGUGUAUAUUGUUGAAGUGCAACGAUAUGUAUAAAAGGGAUUCAGCUGUUUUUAAAAAUAAAACACAAAUAAAACCCUA